UAUGAAUCUAAAAAAUAUGUCCGAUUCUGAAAUCGAGAUGUCAGACAAGAGCUCAGAGUCCUUGUUCUCAGGAAGCUCACAUAAGAGCUCUAGCAACUUGGACAGUUAUAUUUCAGCAAUGGUUAGAGACGCUGAAGAAAUCUCCUAUGGCCAAGGGUUGAUUCAGAUGGUGAAGUAUGCCAUACCUUCAUCAGGAGGAAUGCUCCUCAGAAGAGUCAUUGAUAUUAUUAACUAUAUCGUUAUUGGAAGUCUUGGAGAUCCAACUCUUAUUUCUGGAGCAGGUCUUGGAAUUACUACAAUCACUAUAACAACUAUAUCACUUGGCAUGGGUCUCGCUGGGGGAGUUGAGACACUCUCUUCACAGGCUUUUGGGAAUGGUAAGAAUUAUCUUGCAGGUUGAUAUUACAGAAGAGCUCAAGUUGUGUUAGUCAUGUUGUUUAUCCCACAAGCAAUACUUCUUUAUUUUAUCACCCCAGUUUUGAUAGCAGUUGGUCAGCCAGUAAGAUCUGCAGAGAUAGCUGGGAUCUUUGUAAAAAUCCUCAUACCUGGAGUAUGGGGAUAUUGUCAAACAGAGUUGUUGAGGAGAUUCCUUGGAACUCAGGGAGAAUUUUACAUUGUAACUAACUUUCAGAUUUUUAAUUGAAUCAUGCAUCCCUUGUGGUUGUAUCUAUUUGUACAUGCUUUGGAUCUGUCAGUGAAUGGGGUCGCCAUUGCCACCUCGAUCACUUACUUUAUGAACUACCUUUUGCCUCUUGUGUAUGUCACAUUAAAGAAGGACUCUGUAAAGAAAAACAGCAUGCACUGGAUUAAUAAGGACUCCUUUACUGGUCUUGGAGAAUACAUGAAGUAUGGGGUUCCAGCCAUGCUCCUUACAGCUCUGGAGUACUGAGCUUUUGAAGUUUGAGCAAUGAUCGCGGGAGUUGUUGGCGAAGAAGAACUCGCUGCUUCAGUGAUUCUGUUAAAUGUUGCUGCUUUUGUUUGUAUGGCACCUCUUGGGUUUUGAUAUGCUUCUAACACUCUUGUUGGGAAUAACCUCGGAGCAAUGAACGUUAACAACGUCAACAUGUAUCGAGAUCUCGCUACUUAUAUUGCGUUGGGAUUUAGCCUUGUUCUUGGUGCAAGUAUGUUCAUUUUCAGAUAUCCAAUUGCUAGCUUGUUUACAAAAGACCAAGAUGUAAUUGAUAUUGUGGUCGCUGGAAUGCCUCUAAUUUCUUUGUGAACCUUUGGAGAUUAUAUCCAAGAGAUUUCUCAAGGGACUAUAAAAGCAAUGGGAAUCCAAAAUUAUGCAACAAUAUUUGCAAUCAUUGGAUUUUGGAUAAUCGCUAUUCCUCUCACAAUUUUAUUCAGUUUUAAAUUCCACUUGGGAAUCUAUGGUAUCUGGGGAGGGAUGCCACUCGGUCUCGCAUUUGUAGGAAUCUCAUACCUCUUCCUCAUCUACAGAACAGAUACAAUGGCUUUAGCUAAAGAUAUCACGAUAAGAAUCAGGAAAGAAGUCGAGGGAAGGACUAAGAAUCGAUUUAACACUUCAAAGAGUGCUAAUUCUGACUCUUUCUUCCAAGCUUAA